AUGAAAAUGAACAACUAUGCAAAUUUUGAUAUCGACUCUACCAUAGCUGAGGAAGAGAGAUAUGAGCAAACAGAGAAUAUAAAGACACAGCAAGCUCUUACACAGAUGAAAGAAUGUAGUAAAAUAGAGAACAGAGGUCCUCCAAGGAUAUUUGGGAGGACACUUGUCCUUUGACGGUAUCGAAACAAAGCUCUUGUAACCAUUGGGCCUGACUUUGUGUAUACAUUAUGCCUCAUAGUCUCCAUCAUUCUUGUUUCUGUUGGUUUUUGAUGGCUCUCCUUACUUGUAUCACACCUUUUAUGUUAUAUUGGAAUUCUGAUUAGCUCUUGAUUGCUAGUAAGCUUCCUUCUUACUGCUCUGAUUAGUCCAGGCCAUCCGAGUUUCGAGAUUAAAUAAUGAAUAUUUUAAGAAAGUUAAAGAAGACAGAAGGUAUUGGUGCCAAAUUUGUAAAUUAUUUUCCACAGAUAGAAGUCUUCAUUGACCAGACUGCAAUUGCUGUGUCUCAGAGAUGGAUCAUCACUGAGUUUGGGUGGGAAAGUGUAUCGGAAAGUGGAAUCUGCAUCUAUUCCAGUCCUUUAUCACCUUUGGAUUCAUAUUUUUUGUGUAUUUAUUCACUUCUAUGAUUAUAGUAUCCCUUCUGAUAGAAGAUAAUAAGUAAAGUUUUCAAAUUUUCAUACUAAAA